AUUCACAUCAGACUCCAGUGAAGAGUUUAUUGAAGGACAGCGAGAACAUGAGUGAUCCAGAACACUGCAAAAUUAAAAAUGAAGACUCUGAACAACAAAUAGACCUAAUUGAAGAGACUAAGGGUAGUAAAGAGGAGGAACAUCAUGUCAAAAUUGAGGAAAAAAAUAAUUUACAGACUGAUGUUUUUUUGAAAAGGAGAGACGAGAAUCGUUUCACCUGCACUCAGUGUGGAAAGAGUUUGGCAGACAAAAGCAAACUUAAGAUUCACAUGAGGAUCCACACUGGAGAGAAACCAUUCACAUGCACUCAUUGUGGGAAGAGUUUCAGCCAAUCCUCAAACCUUAAUCAACACAUGAGGAUUCACACUGGAGAGAAACCAUUCACUUGCACUCAGUGUGGGAAGAGUUUCAUCCGCUUAUCAUACCUUAAUCAGCACAUGAGGAUCCACACUGGAGAGAAACCGUUCACAUGCACUCAGUGUGGAAAGAGUUUCAGGAUAUCAUCAUCCCUUAAUCUACACAUGAGGGACCACACUGGAGAGAAACCAUUUACUUGCACUCAGUGUAGGAAGAGUUUUAACUGCUCAUCACACCUUAAUAAACACAUGUGGAACCACACUGGAGAGAAACCAUUCACAUGCACUCAGUGUGGGAAGAGUUUCAGCCGAUCAUCAUCCCUUAAUCAACACAUGAUGAUCCACACUGGAGAGAAACCAUUCACUUGCACUCAGUGUGGGAAGAGUUUUAACAGCUCAUCACACCUUAAUCAGCACAUGAGAAUCCACACUGGAGAGAAACCAUUCACUUGCACUCAGUGUAGGAAUAGUUUUAACUGCUCAUCAGACCUUAAUAAGCACAUGAGGAUCCACACUGGAGAGAAACCAUUCUCAUGCACUCAGUGUGGGAAGAGUUUCAGCCAAUCGUCAUCCCUCAGUCACCACAUAAGGAUCCACACUGGAGAGAAACCAUUCACAUGCACUCUGUGUGUGAAGAGUUUUAGCCAAUGGUCAUCCCUUAAUCACCAUAUGAGGAUCCACGCUGGAGAGAAACCAUUUACAUGCACUCAGUGUGGGAAGAGUUUUACCUGCUCAUCACACCUUAAUAAACACAUGAAGAUCCACACUGGAGAGAAACCAUUCACAUGCACUUAAGCUGCGGUCACACUGGACUUUUCUCCCCAUAGACUUUCAUUCAUACGCACGCGAAUGCGUCAGACCAGAAAUGCAAGUUCGGGCAUCAAGUUUCGCAGUUUAUUGCCUUGCAAAGUUCAAGCUUGGUGAACUAUGACCUGCAAAAUCACAUAACUUGACUGUGUGAGAGCAGUCGAAGAUCAAAACAUGACCUCUCUGAACAGCAAUUUAAAAUAUGGACCAAUUGCACCCUUUUUUAAUAUCUAAUCAUCUUGUUUAGUCCCGCCCCUUUUUGCAGCGCUGUACAACAGAAUUUUGCAUGCUCAAACUCUAGUGUGACCGCAGCUUUGGUGUGGUAUGAGUUUCAGCAACUCAUCAAACCUUAAUAAACACAUGAAGAUCCAAACUGGUGUGAAAGAGUAUAUGUGCUUGAGUAUGAGAAGACUUUUAUUACAGCUCCAAAAUUGAAACUGCACCAGACGAUUCACACUGGAUAGACCGUACAAGUGUUCACACUGUGACAAGAAGUUUACUCAGUUAACACAUCUAAGAAGAUUCACACUGGAGAGAAACCGUACAGAUCUGAUCAGUGUCUAAAGAGCUUCGCUCAUUCGGCACAGCUUAAGAAACACAUUAACAAAAAGUUGCACACAUGACAUGAAUGCAGCAAAACAUUUUCUCAUGUGCACAGGAUGUUUCAUGUCUGAAUAAUGUUUGAAAAGGCUGAGUGACAGUAUACUGUUUUCCAACACUCCUACACUGCAGAAGGUGGGGUUGUAUAUGUGUCGCGUUUACCAUAAACGCGAUGAUGGCGGCUGAAAGAAGAACAGUUUCAUAAACACUGUGGCUUGAAAUCUCUUUGCAAGUGAUUGUACAGGUGCAGAUACAUCUGUACUCUACUCUCCAGUGUAUUCAUUUAGCUAGUGUUGUUUUGGGUGAUGUUCUCUGUCUGACUCCCUGAAUGAGAAAUCCAGAUUGGAGUAUGUGGUAAAUCCUGGUUGGAUGUGGCAUUACUUAUCAAUGGGCAUAUAAAAGUUGUUGUGCUAGCUACCCCGGAAUGCUGUGGCUACUCGGGAUUUCUUAUGUCAAGACCUGCCAUCUCAUUGACUUUUUAACCUUAUGGUUUUGUUUUGCAUUACUUAUAUCAUGUAGUUAAAGUGUUGUUGUGAUUAUAUCCUAAGUUCUUUAUCUUCAUUAUUAUCCCCAGACAUUUGUUGGUUGCUUUGAUUGAUUGUUCUAUGAGUG